AUGAGCAUGGAGUAUGUAGAAAAAUUUGUAAGAAAUCAAGUGAGAACUGCACCUGGAGCCUUUCUUUGUAUCCGUUAUUUUUUGAUGGAUGUAAACAUUCUCAGAAUUUUCCAUUGUAACAAGACUAGAAAUUGUUCGCAAACAUUGAGACAACAUCAGCUGUGCCUUAUUGAAAACAUUAGCUACGAUAAUUCAUCAGACGCUUUUUCCGUGCGACUUAAACUUUAUCGAUGUCGAAAAAUGCAAACUAUGUAA